UAGAGUCGUGUAGUGCAAUGCGAACGGCAGGAUGUAAAAAUCAUAAGAAAUUUAUAAAUAUGGCAUAAAUAACACUAUUAGCUUUUAUUUGUAUGUUUUCUCAGGACACAUAUUUGUAUACUUCUAGUCUUUAACUCUUUACGGUUCUUUUCCAUUUUUAGUAGCAUAUCCUAAAUAUCGGGAUUCAUUAAGAUUAUGAAAUUAUGAUUUAGCUGCACUAGAAGUCCUAGGAUUGAAAUUCUUUAAAAAUGAGUGAGAUGGAGGUCAGUGAAGCCCUGGUCUCUCUUGAGGCCUUGAUGUCAGAAUUUUUUGCACCAACAACAAGCAAUUUGAGGAAGCGUGAGAUUGAGACCAUGUUGGAAAACUUCUCCAAACACAGAGAUUCCUGGAGGCACUGUUUACUGUUUCUACAAAAAUCACAAAACCAAUAUGUCUUGAUGUUCACACUGACAACACUGGAGAACAUAAUAAACAGACAAUGGGUUAGUUUGAUGUCAGAUGAGGAGAAGACUGAAAUAAGACUGACACUCUGGAAUGAGCUUAUGGCCAAGCAUGAGGUUAUGCAGUACUUCAUCAGGAAUAAACUUGCGGCACUCAUGGUAUCAAUAGCUCGCUAUGACUGGCCUCAUCUAUACCCAGACUUCUUCAGUAACAUUGUUGAGCUUCUACGCUGUCCGGGGCGACGCUGUCUGCUGGGGCUGGUACUAGCGCAAGCAGCCAGCGAGGAGCUCGGGGCGGCGCGCGACACCGGUGUGCUGCUGCCCUCGGCGCGCCGCUGCCAGCUCGAGCGGCUCAUGCUCAAGGGCGUGCCGCAGAUGCUGGCGGCGUUGAGCGCGAUAUUAGAGAAAAAUGCUCAAAACGAGGGCCAGUCGAAUCCGCCGCCGUCGCCCACCAGCGGCAUUCCUCAAACGUCGGCGCUGCCAGACCUACUAGUCAACGCACACGAUGUUCAUACAGCUGAUAAGGCUCUGGACAUGGAGAUAGUUGUAAAAUGUCUGACGACGCUCCAGCACUUGUUUUCGUGGUUGCCGUUGUCGUCACACGUGCCUCCGACUCUAGUCACAACAGUGUUCUACUGGGGCAGCAUAGCUACUCAAACACAGAGCAAGGAGGCUGCACUAGCAGGACUGGGCGGCGUGUGCGAGCUGCUGUACCGCCGCUACGCGCCGCCGUCGUCGGGCGCCACGGCGCUGCGCCUGCACCACUGCGCGCUGCGGCUGCUGCGGCACCUCACGCACCCGCCCGUACUCACGCCGCACGAUUACCUUAACAAGCUGGCGGAGUUUUUAAAGUUGUUUAUAUCACUACAUUUCAAGAGACUAGAAGCCGAGCCCGAAUUCGAUGCUAUACAAUUCUUGUCGUAUCUGUUCCAAUUCACAUUCCAGGUGCCUGUAUGCACAAUAUUUGUAAAUUGUCUAGAUAUAUGGAUCCAAUUUAUUGAUAUUUUGAAGCCUGAAGAUACAGUUAAGUAUUGGGAAGCGCUCCGUGGCCUAGUGGAGGGUAUCCUUAACAAAAUUCAAUUCCAACACAACAAAGCUCAGCUUCAACACUUAGAUAACGAAAUUUAUGACGAUGACGGUGAGACUGAAUGGCAGACAUUCCUGAAACAUUGCAUCGAAUGUAUCGCUCGAGUGGCGGAGUUGGCGCCCCUCGACGUUUUUACUUGUGUGCUGGAGCGCUGGCAGGGCCUGGCGGGCGUGCACGCGCGCGCGGCGGGGCGCGGCGGGUGCGGUGCGGGCGGUGCGGGGGGGCCCGACGGCGAGCGCCUGCUGUGCGCGCUGCUCGACCUGGCCACGCUCACGCGCGUCGCCGGACGCCUGGCGCCGGCCUUACUCGCAGAUGCGGAGCCGUGCCGCACGGCGCACGGCGCUGAUAGCGCAGCGGCGCGUGCGGCAGCGGGCGCGGCACUAGUGGAGCGUGUGGCGGCCGCGCUGGGCGGCGCCGCGCUCACGCGCCCGCACCGCGCCGCGCACGCGCACGCACAUGCUCAUGUACAAGUCCACGCAGAGAUGUUCGCCUGCAUGGGUGCAUGGUGUGUUCACGCUGCGGCUUGCGGCGUCCCACAACACACUGUAGAGGGAUUGUUGGCCGCCGCCGUGCCUUUUCUGCUGCCCCACGAACUGCCCGAGCCGCCGCUACUGUGCCACGCGGCAGCGCACUUACUAUUGAGCCUGUCCAAGAACGUCAAGUUCACGGGCGACCCGGUGGCGCAGGCCGGCGAUCUCUUUCAGCACGCGCAGCGCUCGCUGCAUUAUCUCGAACCAAAGAGUGCAGGCGUAGUCCGCGAGGCGCUGCUGUGGCUGUGCCUGUCGCGGCUGGGGCCGGGCGGGCUGGGGCCGGGCGCGGAGGCGGCGCGCGCGCUGCUGGCGGCGUGGACGGCGCCGCUGCCGCACGCCGGCCCCGCCCUCGCGCUGCCGCCGCUCACCGCGCUGCUGCACACCAACGCGCACGCCAACACCGUGGCCAAGAAGGUGAUAGCAGAGGGCAUGGGCGGUGCGGCGGAGACGGCGCUGCGCAUGCUAUGCGAGCCGUCGUGCGCGAGCGCCGAACCCGAGAUCACGGAGUUCUUCCUCGCGUUGUUCACCGCGCUCCUGCCGCAGCUCGGUGCCUUCGCCUACACCGCCAUCGACGUAUUCCUCGACGUGGCGCAAAGGGGUGGCGGCGAGAGCGGGCUGGAGCGGCUGGUGGAGUGCGUGCGGCUGGGCGUGGAGGCGGGCGGCGGGUGCGGCGGCGGCGUGCGCGAGCCCGCCGUGCUGGCGCUGCUGCACCAGCACGCGCUGCCCCGCGCCACGCACCACGCGCCCGGCCUCGCGCGCGCCGCGCACCGCCUGCUGGCCAGUUUGCUCAUCCACCGUUGGCGCUACUUCUUCCCCACAAAGUGCGUGGGUGAGGAGGAAGAGAGACUGCAACAGUUCCGCGGCGCGCUGUCGGCGCUGGGUCGCGCUCUACUGCAACCCGACAUAGAGCUGCUCAGGAUCAACAUUAAUGCGCUGGAGACACUUAAUACCAAAUGGAAGCUAUACCACAAGCCGAUAUUCCGUUCGGAGUUCCUGGGCGAGUUCCUGUCCGUGCUGCUGGCCGGGCUGGGCGAGGGCGGCGCGCGCGCACUGCUGCGCGACGAGGCGCUCGCGGCCGCGCACGCCAUGGCCUGCGUCGACUUCAACGCCUUCCGUCUCGCCUUCCUGCCGCACUUCCUGCGAGCGCUGCCCGGCCUGCAGCCCGACCACCAGGCGCAGCUGCAGCACUUCCCGCCCGACACGGACCUACCGACGUUCACGCAAAACAUCCAACGGCUGAUGAACGACGUGAACUGCUACCGCGCGUACAGCGCGCUGUCAGGAGCCCCGCCGAGCGACAUGCUGUCCUAG